AUGUUGAGGACAGUGUCAAGUCACCAAGAAGAGAACAGAGAUGUCUUUAGUGCAAGAUCUGUGUCAGAGAUCAGAGCCGCUCUGGCAGAAUUGCAGUCCCGAGAGAGUAACGUAACGGAGCAGCUAAAUAAAUUGAUUUCAUCCCAGAAGGACCUGCAGAAGGAAUUUGGACGACUUGACCUUUUUCGUGCGAACUUGAGCAUACAGGGUGCUAAGACCCGUGCUAUCAGCAAUGGCAUGCUAUCCGAUGCUGCGUCAACAGCCAACCGGAUCUCUGGCUCAGUAAAACGUCUUGAUCUCGAGCAGUCAAGGGUCCAGGAAACUUUGACUGUCGUCGAACAAGUACGAGAACUGAAAGCAUGUGUGCUCGGAGUUCUGGGUUCCAUGGGAGCUCCUCAAGACUGGGAGACUGCCGCUGGCUACCUUAGUCGAGCUUCCAAAAUACCUGACGAAGUCAUCGAUGGUGCUUUCGCUGCCCGUGUAGUUCCCACGGCGGAGGUGCCAGAUUCACCACGCAUCACGCUCGAAAACGCGUCCGAAUCGCUGUGUGGUCUUUUUCAGCGAGAGUUCGAUAAAGCUGUUAAGGAUAACGACGGUGCUAAGAUUACAAGAUUCUUCAAGCUGUUUCCGCUGAUCAACCGACCAGAGGUCGGUCUCGAUGUAUAUGCCCGUUAUGCCAAGGAUGGCUACUUCUAUGCAAACGCCUUGACCAAGCUGUUUGAACACAUUGCUCAAAUUGUUGAUGGACACGGCGGAUUGGUCGAAAGGCACUAUGGACCGGGCAAGAUGAUAGGAGUCAUCGAACGCCUACAAAACGAGGCUGACAGACAAGGUGGUAUUAUCCUCGAUACGUGGAGUGACGAGAGGAGGGUCGACAGACGCAUGACAGAUAUCAAAUCCUACGCCUAUACUUUCUUGGUACAAAGCUUUUUACCGGCACAACGAGGAGGUGGAACACCAAGAACUAGCUCUCCAGCCCUAGGAAGAAGCAGUGAGGACGAUAGCAUCGACAUGAAGGAGGUCGAUGCUUUAUUAGGGGAGAUAACCACAAUGCUCAGCAAGUGGUCGUUAUACACAAAAUUCGUUGCUCAGAAAAGCGAUUCGCUUGGCGACGACUCUGAACCAAUUAUUCCGAGCUUUCUGACCAACUCGUCGUUAAUGAAGAAGGUCGAAGACAGGCUCGUCACACCGUUCAACACCAUGACCACGUUCUUCUUCCGUCGCUCGGUUGAGAAAGCCUUCCAGCUAGACGAACCACCACCCGACCUCUCACUGAACCCUCGUCAGCCUCUCAAGAGUACACCACCUCACGUCUCGUCAGCCAUUGAGGAUAUCAUGUACAUAGCCAACAAGGUCAUUCAGCAGACACUAGCCACGUCUCAAGUUACUGUGAUUACAUCAAUCAUCUCGACACUGGGUCGGGUAAUGGGCUCCGAUUUUCUUGGCAUGGAGCAACGCAGGAUGCGCGACGAGCAUUACCCACGUCCAGUUGUACAAGGCGGCCUUCCUCCCGAGUCCACAAUCAUCGCGUUCAUUGUGCUGAUUAAUAAUGUUGACAUAGCAUCAAGCCAUAUCAACCAGAUCAUCAAUACAAUUGUCGACGAUAAUGAGCAAGCGCCGAUUGUCCAACUUUUUCCUGACCCUCACGACCGGGAGCUAGUAAAGACAAGCCUGCAGGCCUUCACCAACAAUUUCACGGAAAAGAGUAGUGAACUCCUAUCCGAUGCCUCCAACGUUCUGUUCAACAAUGUUAUGAAGCCACGACUUCGACCAAUUCUGCUGGAUAGCUUUCGCGACAUGGAAUACAAUUUGGAUUCAGGUGCUCUGUCCAACUUGAUCGAAACACUAGGUCACGAUCCUCAGGAUUUGAGCAGCUUCCAGACUCUAGUGACUUCCCGCUUCUCUCACGGUUGGGACGCCCUGACAAAACCAAUUUCUCGACUCAUGACUGAGAAUACUUAUGCUACCUUACUAACCACGACGGCCAGCUAUCUUUCUAAGCUCUUAGAGAAGCGCUUGUGGACGUAUGCAGGGCGAAUCGAUCCGAACGGCGCAGCACGAUUGGAGCACGAUAUAAGCGGUAUCAUCAAAGCAGUUGUGUCAUCAGGUCAGAAAACGAACUGGCGGAUUCGGGACAUGUUCUUGAGGUGCUCGCAGAUCUGUAUGGUGAUGAGUAUGGACGAUGAAGAAUGGGAGGAGCUACAAAAGGAAAGCGGGGCGAUGGAGAUUGCGGACAAGUUGAAGCCUGAGGAAAGAAAGCGAGCUCGAGAAAUGUUGCUGGAGGAAUAA